AUGAACGCCAAACAACCCUUCUCGGCUUUUCUUCCGCAAUUCCGCGUUCUUCGCAGCCUGAUUGACUUUGCUGCACUGAUUUCCGCCAAUUCUUCUUCUGAUUCCAAAGUUGUCUUUCAAUUCAUAUCUUCCAUUGCGACUGUGGGACAUUACCCCAUACACGAGGGAACACCUCACAUCCCCGAACAGCGUGUCACCAUCGAGCACGUUCUCCCCAACGGUUACGGAGAUGCGAAAUUCGUAUGCGAGCGCAUGCUCGACGAAACACUUCACAAACACAGUUCCCGCUUCAGUGUCAUGGCAGUGAGACUCGGCCAAGUCGCCGGGUGCUCCGCCUCAGGCUACUGGAACGAGAACGAACACCUGCCUUUCCUCAUCAAGAGUUCCCAGACACUGAGGGCACUACCGAAGUUCGAGGGGCCAGUGAGCUGGACACCCGUCGAUGCGGUAGCGGCAGUGUGUGCGGAUCUUGCACUCGGCGAAUCUACCGCCGGGGGCAUUUAUCACAUCGAUAAUCCCGUUCGCCAGCCUUGGAGCAAGAUGCUACCCCUCCUUGCUUCGGAGCUCGGCAUUCCAGAGAAGAACAUCAUCUCGUUCAAGGAGUGGAUCAAGCGUGUUCGGUCGUUUUCUCACGAGGCUACUCCCGGCAACGCAGAUCUGAAUCCCGCAAAGCGACUUGUUGAUUUCUUAGAAGCGGAUUUUACUAGAAUGAGUUGUGGAGGUGUAUUACUAGGUACUGAGAGGAGUCAGAAGGACUCGGCGGCCAUGAGGGGUAUUGGCAAUGUUGGUGACGAAAUUGUACGACGGUAUAUUGGCAGUUGGAAAGCGCGGGGGUUCCUGGCGUAA